ACCUAAGUAGAAAUGAACUGUUUUGAAAAAAGUGCAAAACAGGGGGAACAUUGAACAGUACUACCUAAUUCACAUUUGAAAUUUGGAACCAUUUUUGACUGAUUAAUAUGGCCGCAGAAGCAAAUAAGAUCCGCAGUCGAAUUUCAGAGAUUCACAACUUCAUCAAAAACGACGAAGAAGAAUCAAACCCUUCAGAUUCCGCCGAUUUACUCCACGACUGUGCUCUUCAUGUUCAAAACACAGUGCAACAAAUUGUAUCCGAAUUCUCUGAUAUCGAUUCUCUACAAAAUUCCGAUUUCGAGUAUUUGACAAAGGAACUUAAUGAUGUAAAAGUUGAAUCCACCAAUGUAGCUACCGAGAUUGAGUAUCUUGCGAGAACUCGUAAGGAUGAUUCUAUUAAUUUGGAGGCCAAACUUGAAGAAUUGGAAUGUUCUUUACAAUAUAUUGCAUUAGAGGAGCAGAUGACAGCUGAGGCUAAUGAAGGAAUUGUUUCUCCAAUGCUGGAAGACACUGUCAUGAAUCUAGGCGAAAAUUUGGAGCAAUUGGAACUUGAGAGUAAGGUUGAUGAAAUGAAGGAGAUUCUGAAGACUAUGGAGUGUCUUCAGUGUGAGGUCAAAUGGUUUGAUGCUAUAGAUCAGAUUGACGAUGUAUUGACGGGUCUAAAAGUGCUUGCAUUUGACGAGAAUUGCAUUAGGCUGUCUUUGCAAACUUAUAUGCCAACGGCAGAGAGCAUUUCUUGCCUACAGAGAGUUGAAGAUACCAAUGAUGCAUCUGUGCAGAAUCAUGAGUUAUUGAUUGAAGUGUUUGAGGGGACCAUGAAGUUAAAGGAUAUUCAGGUUUUUCCAAAUGAUAUAUAUGUGGAUGACAUUGUUGAUACUGCAAAGUCUGUCAGUAAUUCCUCAUUGCAAUGGUUAAUACAAAAACUGCAAGAUAGAAUUAUACUAAGCACACUUAGGAGACUUGUGGUAAAUGAUGCUAAUAAAUCAAGAUAUUCUGUUGAAUACUUGGACAAAGAUGAGACUAUUCUAGCUCAUUUAGUUAAAGGAAUUGAUGUAUACAUAAAAUUGUCUCAUGGUUGGCCAAUAUUUGGUUCUCCAUUGAAGCUGAUAUCUAUCAAGGGUUUAGAUAUUUUGAAGAAAAAUUCUGCAAGUUUUCAAUGCGAAGUUGAGGUGAGAGAAUUCCACCUAGCUAUAAAAAAUUUCAGACAUUAUUCUUCCUUGUGCUGUACAGAUGUGUUAAAGCAUUCUCUAUGUGGUAUCAAAGUUUUCACCUCAAACUGUCCUACUUAAAUUGCUUGCUGAAUCCACUGGAAUUGUGGAGUAGUUUAUACAUAUAUUUUCAUUUCUUUGAUAGUAGCUGGAAUAUUAAUUCACCGACCUAGCCAAUAUGCUAGUCCGUAUGUUGUUUUUAGUCCUCAUAUGAUAGUACUCCGAAAUGUGCGAAACUUAAAAUUUACUAUUACUAGAGUGGCCUGGUUAGGAAUAGAGUGUAUCAAAUUAUGUAGAGUUCAAGCCUGGACAUCAAUAAACCCACCUAUGUAAUCAACAUUAUGUAGAGUUCAGAUUUUUUGUUUGAAACUGUCAAAUGCAAGUUUUAAACAUCAAGAAUUAGCUCAAUAUAGGUUUAUAAAGAAGCAGUAAAUGUCCUCCAAUUUGUUGUAUCAUGUUACUGUCUUUUAAUUCCUUUCAAUCAUAUUACUUGGUAAAUUUAUAUUUGACAAUACUUGGUAAAAUUGCAGUUGUAUUGAUUCUUGUACUAAUUUUACUUGGAAUAUGUAUUUUUAUUGUUGAGAAGUGAAAAGUUUGCACUUGUGAUACAAAUUGUGGUGGAAGAAUGUAGAUAAUUUAAAGUAUACAUUUUGGAGGCUAGUAGAUUAAUCCGCAAACUUUUAAGAAAUUAGCAUGUUGUAAUUGGCUAUUAAUUACAUGUUUUUAAGUCAUAUUUGGUGUGUGGUAUUCAAAGAGUAAAGUAAUUGGAAUCCCACUUUACCAAAAAAAAAAAAGUAAUUGGAAACCCCUUUGAUGUUUUGCUAUUAGUUUCUUUUUAAAAAAAAAUUUGAAAAACAAAACAAACGGGUGACUAUCUGUCUCCUACAUACAAGUAUCUGUAAUGAAAUCAUAUCUCAUAUUUGUGGUUAACUUCAAUGGUUGGAAGAUUUGUGCACUGACAUUGUUCUUUGGUGGAUUGACUAUUCAGAAUCUGGCCAACUCUUUAGACACUCAUACUCGGCAAAAUAUACUGCGCUUUGUUGAUGCUGUUGAAAACGUGCUUAAAGAGCAGUUGCAGCUUGAUAGCCGCUGAUGGUUCUGGCUAAGGAUGUGCUCACAAAAUCUGUAUGUUUGAAGUUCUGUAUCUUGUGCUCAUAUUCACUUUUCUAUUUGCUGAAGCAAAUAUUAUAAUUAUCUUGUUAAGAUGAUUUACUUCAAUUUUAGACAAGAAACUGACAUGCUAAACUGGUAUAUGUAAUAUUCGAAUUGUCAGGAUCAGUUAAUCAGAUAUUGUGAUAGAAUUGAAAAUUUCA